UCGCGCUCUCUCUUUCCCUCUCGGGGUCAUUGGUCCGGUCCUGUUUCCGGCGUGUCCUUGAGCUGUGUCCCGAAGAUGUUGUCUCGCUGCCUGGCCCGGGCCCUGCGCUGCCCAGUGACCGCCCUCCGGCGGGGCCCAGGGGCCGCUUGUACCAUCACACAGGUGGCAGCGAGCCGCGUCACAUCCGUCAACGAGCGCAAGACCCUCUCAGUCCCCCAUUUACGCCUCCACGCAGCCAGGUUUUACCGGACGUCGGCGGUCUGCAGGCAGGAUGUGCUGACCGUGAACACCCCAGCAUUUGCAGAGUCUGUCACAGAAGGGGAUGUCAGGUGGGAGAAGGCUGUCGGGGACUCGGUGGCUGAAGAUGAAGUUGUUUGCGAGAUUGAAACUGACAAGACAUCGGUGCAGGUCCCUGCCCCCUCCGCAGGAGUGAUCGAAGCCCUGCUGGUCCCAGAUGGAGGCAAGGUGGAGGGGGGCACCCCACUGUUUGUCCUCAGGAAGUCUGGAGCUGCUCCCAAGACUAAACCUGCUGAGACUGCAGCACCCCAAGCAGCUGCCCAACCCCCACCACCUGCCCCAGCUGCCCCUGCAGGACCCAUCCCCAUUGUGAUCCCUCCGGUGCCCCCUGUGUCUGCUCAGCCCUUGGAGACCAAGCCUGUGUCUGCAGUGAAGCCGGCGCCUGCUCCCCCCGUGGCUGCGGCUGCCCCUUCGGCUCGCUCGGAGCACAGGGUGAAGAUGAAUCGCAUGCGCCAGAGGAUCGCUCAGCGGCUGAAGGAGGCUCAGAACACCUGUGCAAUGCUGACCACCUUCAAUGAGGUGGACAUGAGUAAUGUCCAGCAGAUGAGGUCUUUGCACAAGGACGCCUUCCUGAAGAAACACAACCUGAAGCUCGGCUUCAUGUCUGCCUUUGUUAAAGCUGCCGCCUUUGCUCUGCAGGACCAACCUGCUGUGAACGCUGUUAUUGAUGAUUCAGCCAAGGAGAUUGUGUACAGGGACUACAUCGAUAUUAGCGUCGCCGUGUCCACCCCGAGGGGUCUUGUGGUGCCAGUGUUGAGGAACGUGGAGUCCAUGAACUUUGCUGAUAUCGAAAGGACGAUUGCUGAGCUCGGAGAAAAGGCCCGGAAGAACGAGCUGGCCAUCGAAGACAUGGACGGAGGGACGUUCACCAUCAGCAAUGGCGGAGUCUUCGGCUCUUUGUUUGGGACUCCAAUUAUCAACCCCCCACAGUCCGCUAUCCUGGGGAUGCAUGGGAUCUUCGAGCGCCCGGUUGCAGUGGCCGGAAAGGUGGAGGUGCGUCCUAUGAUGUAUGUGGCCCUAACCUAUGAUCACCGACUGAUUGAUGGAAGAGAAGCCGUAUUAUUCCUGCGCAAAAUCAAGUCUGUGGUGGAGGAUCCGCGUGUCCUGCUGCUGGACCUCUAAAGCCUCGCUCCACUCCUGGUUUUAUGUCGCCCCGUGUCAGAGGAGGGGGCAUUGUGUACAGACUCUCCCCCGGAGGCCGGGGCCUCCUCUCUCCCACCCCCUACAGAGCUACUCAUCAUAUUUAAAGACCACUUUGAUUUUAAAGUUGUAUAAAAUAAAUUCCCUUAACAUCAA